GCUCCCGAUAUUGCUCUGUGGACGCGCGCGAGUCCGGACGUCUCCACUUUGUACACCGGACUAUGUAUUUCAUAAUCGCUGCCGACGAAGGAACCCGGUACCUGCACUGGACGACCCGCACCGGCCGACCAGCGGGACAAAGGAAUAACGUUCUUCUAUUAAAAUACGAACAACACAUCCUCAAAAAUUAUAUGGAAUAUUUGAUGAAGGAUAGAUACCUACUUUCCGAUUUAUCGGCGCAAAAAAUGCUCAAUAUUCUGCGUGAGGUUGACCGCGAGGACCUGGAGAUCCUCGACGUGGAGACGCUCAUGAAGCUGUUUGAGAAGCAGAUGCAGAACAGGGGAGAGAACUUGGGCCAUCAGUCGUACCUGCAAGUGAUCUGGCGCAAACUGUACGAGACGUACUUCAUCAAGAAGGACGUGCACCGCAACGACAAGCUGCUUGCGUUCAAGCAAGGCAUCGCGCUCAAGAACUCGCGCGACGGUGCACGCGAGGGUGCGGCCGAGGGGGCUCGCGAUGACGCCGUGCGCCUGCGCCCCAGAGCCGAAUAAACGUCUUUAUUAUGUUUAUUACAACGUUUUGGAGUCCAUUCAUUGUAACUUAAUGCCAAUGUAUUUUUAUAAGAUUUUUUUCUACUCUAUUUAUUUUAGUAUAAUAUUUUUGAAAGAAUGACUUGUAAAAAUGAUGUCUGCGGACCUUGUUUUACUUGUUUCCAUUCGAGAGGUCUAAAAUAUUUUUGAUAAAUGACUAAAGGAAUUAAGUUGGGCCUAAGGUCAGUUAUUUAAGUAUAAAAUUCGAUGUCACCCAAGCUUUGCACUGCGCUGUUUAUUGUUGAAAUUGUUAAUGAAUGAUUUAUUGAUCUGCCAAAGUUAUGCGUAGCGAAAAUUAACUGUUUAUUUACAAUUGUUUGUUUUAUAAGCGAUUGUGUUACGAGUGUUUAAUGUAUUGCUCUAUUUAAUUUUAUUAAUGGAGUCACGGCGGUCCGCUCUCUACAUUCCUUUUCUCAAAAGAUAUUGAAAUAUAUAUUUUGAAAUCUUAUUUAAGCUAUAAGUACUUUCAUGUUUAUUUAUCUUUUUAUUCUUGUUCUCUUUCAAUCCCCUUUGGUUUGGUCCCACCCUCGUUCGAAUUUGCGUUUCAUCUUUCCAUUUCUCGUUUCACUCCCCUUGUGUCCUCGGCCCGAGCGCCGCCUGACAUCUAAGCUACGCGCAUUUCCUUUUCUAUUCAGCUAAGCGUGGGUCUCAUCGCAAUCUCUUCAAAUUGUUGGUAUAUAAAACAAAUUAGUCCUCUCACACAUUGGCACUUAAAACGAAUGAAAUUCUUUUCUAUUCGUCAUUGUACUGAGUCAUUCAAUGAGUAUUUCUAUUGUUAUUUUGGUAUGCUCUGUCCACAUUGUAUCUUUUCGGCGCAAUGUUACGCCACUAGUAUCGAGGUGUAGAACCUUAGACAUAUCUUAAUGUAUUCUAUGUAUUCAUGUAUUUAACAGGAAUGGCUGAGCGUGAACUAAUGUUGGCGUUGUGACAAUAGGCAACUUGUGAGAUGAAUAAAUUGAGAUGGUACUAUAAA